UAAAAACUUGCCCUCGCCAAGAUGGCGACGGAGAGUUGACGUCUCUGACGUAACACAGUGACGCGGAAGUGCAGGACUAAGAGGAAGUAACAAACUUGUCACAUUGAAGUGAGGAAGAAACCAGACUGAGAGUCCCGGUAUUGGAAUAAAGUAGAUGUAGAGGAUCUGUUUAGACUUUUUGUGCUUUGUUGUUUGGAUUGAAAGACAAACUAAUGGAACUUCCAGAAGAAAUCCUUGCACAUAUUUUCUCAUUCUUGCCUCUGAAGGAUAAAGGCAACGCCUUUCAGGUGUGUAAAACAUGGUCCAACAGCUUAACCUGUUCGAGCGCAUGGACACACACUGAGAUCAGGUGUGAGUCGGAAGACUGUGUUCCUCAGAGGUUCUCGGAUCUUCUGCCAUGUAUCAGACACUUAAAGCUGAUUGUCAGUGUGGCUGAGUCUGCUCAUCGGGAGACUGGACUGUGGGUUCUGCAGCAGGUUCUAUCCAGGGGUGAUGGCCGACUGCGCCGGUUAUGCAUCAGCUGUUUGGGGAACCCACCUCUGUUUUACGCGGGACAGGACCUGUUACAGGGAUUGGUGGACGUCUUGACAAACGGGUCAUCCCUCAUGGCGCUGGACCUGAGAGGCGUGCCGUUCACCCUGAGCGACAGCUUUGUCAAGAGCGUCGCCACGCUCUGCCCCGCCCUGCGAAGUCUCUUCAUCAAUAACGGUUCUCUGGUGUGCGGCGUCGUCUCGGAGACAAUCAGGGACGUUCUGAAACACUGUCCAGCGCUGAACACCAUCGGGCUCUUCCAAGCCAGCGUGUCUCAUGAUGUCCUCCGGGACCUCCUCCAACCCCAGAGGACAGACCUGAAGCUGCUGGAGCUGCGUUGCGAGCGCUCGCUGAAGUACGUCACGCCGCUCUGCGACCAAGUCUGGGAAGACAUGAGACGCAGGCAUCCCGGAUUGAGAGUGGACCUGGAGCUGGACCACACGCUCCCGGAGCUGCAGGUUCCCAGCGUUCUUCAGCCCAGCAUCCCUGUGAGACAGCUCCGCCUCCACACGUGGACCUGGCUACUGGAUGAGAUACGCACCGUGGCGCAGAGUUACGCGGGAACGCUGGAGGUGCUCGAACUGCAGACUACAGCGUCCCCCGAGCUCAACACGGCGCUGGUCGACUUGGCAACGCAGUGCACCAAACUCCGCGAGGUUCACUGUUACUGCGUGGUUUCACAGAACGUGAUCGAGGCGUUCUGCUCACUGUGUCCCGACUUACACAGAUACACACUUAAAACACGCAAAGAGCUGCACCCCUGGUCCUGCACCACUCUUAGAUAACACACACACACACACACACACACACACUUCUAUACUCUUACACCACAGCGCUGUUAAGUUCUGCAUUGUGAUUGGUCAGGAGGAGUUGAUUAAUUUUCUAUAACAGCAUCUCUGACAGUAGUGCAGCUGCGUGUCACAGGUUCAUUUAUAAUUAAUGCGCUCGUUGUGAUAUGUUAUGGUUUCUAUAGUGACAGCUCGUUCACAGGGACUCGUACGGCAGACGCUCCACUAAUGAUUAAAAAAAAACCUUGUGAAAUCAUUGAUCUAUAAUCUAUACUGCAAAAUGACAUUUCUACAUAGAACCCUAUAGCAGAGUUUCAUAAGAAGUAGAACUCUUUAGAAAGCGAGAACCAAUAGCUACCUUCAGACCUCGAGGAACCUUCUUUCUAAGGUUUUCUUCUUCUUCUUCUUAUUAUUAUUAUUAUUAGACACUGUAACGAGGCACAAUGUUAAAUGAAUUUACUCGAGCAUAUAGAGUGCGGGUGAAAAUGGAAUAUUUGAGUUCACAGAAAACACUAUUAAAUACGAAUGGCACAUGAAUGUUUAUUAUUGUAUAUAAACUGUAUAACAGAGGCACUGUUUAUAAUUUAUUCACCCUGAAACCAAGGGGGGGGAGUGAAAACUUUUUGAUUAAAGUUUUUGUCACAUGUG